ACCCCAUGGCCCCAGCAUUUGUUGCAAUCUCAGUGUGUGCAUCCUCGUGGCAGCUUGCAAAUUCUGCAUCUGCAUAAUCCUGUCUUGCAGACAGAUAUCAGCAGCAUCAAAAAGUUUAAAGGACUCAUCCAAAUUACACAGGAAUUAUUUGGAAAUCAAAAAAUCCGUGUUCAGCCCCACCUUUUGUGAUCCCAGCUUUGCCUUAAUCUAUACCUGUGCCAUUUCAGAAAUGCUUUGAGUGAUGAAUAAAAAGCCCUUCCCUUACACCACAGAAGGUAAGGUUUCUUUUUCAUCCUAGUAUUUUCUUUUUUAAGAAUGUAGACAAAUAUAACUUUGAUCAAAAGAGAAAAGAUAUUUUCUCCCUCUCCAGAAAAGACAGGAAGCACAGCUAUGCUAGUGUUGCAGAGACUCUUCUGUUUCCUCACGACAGAAGUUUUCUAAUCAAAAGCAGAUAGACGGUUGGUUGUGUGCUUUGGGACAGUGCAUCCUGACAAGUCUUUGUGCUGGGAAACAGAUGAAAUACUUGGCAGAUUUUACAACCAGCCACGAGAAAACUGCACAGAUAAGCCUGAGCCUAACACCCUUCCUCUCCCUGGCCAGCCCCUUGCCUCCAUCAUAUGUUUUUAGGGGAUUUGGGUCUUGCUUCAAACCUUCACACUUGAGUGCUCAGGCUCAUCUCUACCAACCUGCAGAGAAAUUUGUUCUUUUUUUAUGCUCUCCCAGCAGUGGUGAGCCUCCCACCCAGCAGGAAUAGUGGAUGAACCUCUCCAGCUGUAGGAAGGCUCACAAGGGACCUGGGAUGAGGUUUCUUCCCAGGAGCUUGAGUCACUGAGCACACACCCAGGAAGGUUAUUUUGCUGCAUUAAUGCACAUUGCAGAACUGGAUGCAUGAGCAUAGGAAGGAAGUGAAGGAGAAAGGGUGGUUUACAGAGUUCCUUCAACAUUUUUGAGAGCAGUCUAGGCCUGGCUACUCUGUCCUUUUAAGAAGGGCCUCUUCACUUUAUUACAAGCAGAAAUACAUGCAACAGCUCCAGCUGGUUAUCACCAAUCUCCUACAUAGUCAUAGGUGCAGGUGGGAUAUUAAAUUCUCAAAGCUUUCUGGCAAUAUCAUGAUCUGACUUGAAGAUGCAGUAUCUUUGGAAAUGAGAUUGGGCACAUUCUACAUUCUCCAGCGGUCUCUGUGCCAGAAAAGGGAUCAGGCUACAGGUUUCUAGGGAUAUUUCAAUAUGCUGAAGCAUUCCUUUACCCUAAUUCUUCAACAUGGGAGAUCUAAGUGAAUGAUUUUUCUGUCCUGUGAAUAACUAUAUUUGCAAGAUAAGCUAGCUAGAAAAGUCAAAGGAAACCUAAUGAAACUAGCACGAGGCAAUGUAAAAUAACAAUAUAAUGGGCUCAGCACUGGGUCUUUUUCCAAAAGCCUGUUUCAGCUGAGCAGAAACAAAGUCCUGAAGCACUGCUUUUGGAGGAGGAUGUUUCUGAAUCAUCUGUGGAAUUUCCAAAGCAGUGUGGGGAUUUCUGUCGGGAAUUCCCAUCCACAUACCAUUCCCGGCAUUGCUGAAAAAGCGUUCAGCAUGUCCUGGGGUUAAUUUAUCCUCAGGGCUAUCUCUACCUACAGAGCUCUGCUGUUGUAACAACUUCUUUCUCCAACCAGAGCUACUGAGGGAGGAGGAGGAUGAAGUCACUUUUCUUCCUUUUUAAUGAUGUGUCUGUUUUAACACCAAAGCCCUCAGCCCCUCAGUGCCUGCUACCUCAGCCCCACAGGAGCAAGGGCUGUGCAUGAGUAUCAAAACUCAGCUUUUGUGCUCAGCUAUCCUGCAAAUUUCAUAUUAAAAAGCUCUAGAAGCUUUUGCAGGUAAAAGCACAAGUGCUGGAGUCAGAUCUCUCUUCUGUCUGACUAAAUUAUUUUUACUCAGAUCUUUGGAUUCUUUUGGAAUUUUCAGAAUGUUUAGGUCAUGUUACACAGGAAAGAAAUAAGGCUGUCAUUUAAAUAUUGAUUUGAGUAUUAAGCAUUCAUCCAUUCAGAGGACUAAACUAGUAGGAAAGACCUAUUAAACUAUUCUGAAGUAAGUCAGUUGAAGAGUUUAGUAGCUGAUAAUUUGACAUACAGUUUAAUAAGGUUUUAAUAUCCCUCCUCCAAAAGGCAGAGUAAAUACAAUAAAUGACAAACUUGAAGGAAACACGUCUGAAUUUUUCUGCCCAUGUUGUGCCUCUCAUUAGGUUCACGCAGUCUGUGCAUGAUCCAUUUCACAGACAGACAGAUGGCAGCAAUGGAACUGAAAAAAAAAAAAAAGACAAAAAACUUUGGAGGUCGUAGCCUCCAAAGGAAUUUAUUAACUUCUAAAUCCCAUCUGACACCCAGUCUAAAACCUACUGAAGUCAUUAGGGAGAUUCCAAUUUACUUCACUGAGCUCUGGACUGAGUUCUCAAUUUCUCCAGAGAAAUCUGUUCUUCUUGUCAUCAUGCCUGAACUAAAGGCUGUUGAAUAUAGAAGAUCUGAAUUCAAAGUGUUAAUUUAGCAUUUUGAUCACUACUUCAGAGACCACCAAAGAAGCAUCCUAGUGUAUGAUUCACUAUAAAUUCAUUUCUGAAAAUCCAUGUUUGGAUAUUUGCUGAGGAUUAUAUCUAAUGAGAGGGAUGCUCAGACAACAAGUGUAGCUAAAGAGGUAGAACUGUGCACCUCUACCGCACAGCUGAGCUUGUGCUUUGUGAAUGCCAGGGUGAAUUUUGCUUAAGGAGCCAGCUCACUGGAGGUGCUCAGAAAGGAGAAUAAGAGUUUGCAAUGUGAUUUGAGCUGCUCCAGUGCGAGUCAUUCAGUUUAUGAGCUAAUGGACAGAUAUCCACAAGUUGAAGCAUGUCUGAGCUGGCACUUCGAGUCCAAAUGAACCAAGAGUCAGGUUUACAAAGCUAUUGAGAUGAGACAGAGGCAGAUGCCUUGCAGGGAGUUUGACACCUAACCUUACAGACGCUCCUCUAAGUCUGGCUGUGGACCACUCAGCAACUUUGCACCCUGAUUUUUGUAAAUCUGACUUUGCACUGUGUUGUCCUGGUGAGUCACCACCACAAGGCAGCCACCAUUUAAUUUAAACUGCAAUCUGACCAAAGGUCCCCGGUAAAGACUGGUUUGCCAGUGCUGCACACAACAGCACAACAUAAGUCCCUGUCACAGUCCUGUGCUGAUUAUGAGAGCUCAGGGUUUUCCCUUUCCCAGCACAUCACUUACGACUGUCAGUGAACCGUGACUCAGCUAGCAGGCUGGCUUUAGUGAUGUGGCAUAGAGGAAAAGGGAUGCAAACUGCAGGGAGAGAUGCGUGAUGGUGGUGAGCUGGCUGUCAGGAUUUCAAGCCUGGGUGCUUGUAUCGGAAGGAGCUGGUUUGGCACCAGACCCAGUGCUCUGACGCAGGGGGCUGCAGCUGUCAGAGGAACAGCAUGGUCACUGUGUUGGUACAACUAAUAGCAGCUCUGAGGACUUGCCUACGUGGGAAAAUUUACCAGCAUAAUUAUCCCACUGUAAUUAUCCCGGGAUAAGUCUCUCUGUGAACGUGCUUAUUAUAACAUGGGUUUGCUGGAAAAUCCUGGCAUUGAAGUAAGGCAGCUGACUCUCAUUUCCGGUGUGACUACAAAACUUGGAAAUGGCCUCUGUAUCAGGCACUUCUAUGGGUCAAAGCAUACCAGUUGAAAUAGAUGAAUCCAUGCCAUGGUCCCCAUUUCCCAAACAUAUCUUGGAAAAGGCUUUGCAGUCUGCUGGAGAAGAUACGAAGGAUGAGGAGUCCCAGAGACCAUGUGUUGCUCAAACACCUGAGCCUGUGGCAAAUGCAUCGUGCCUCUGCAGAGCACCAGCACAUCAUCAGUCAGUGCCAUCCACGGAGCCAGAUAGCAGCUUGUGGUCCAGAUACAAUGAUCCUGAUGUCGAUGGGUGUUUCUGCUCCCCCAGUGAAUCAAUAGCUGGAGUAGUUGCCUCCAAGAUGCAUCUUGUAGCUAUGGACAAAUCAGGCAUGCAGCCAAGAUCGCAGCUUUCAGCUGACACUGGACACAACUCCAGUAAAUCAGAGCAAAGCUUGUCUGAUGCUCCUGAGGACUCACUGGAGGAGAGCAGCCAAUGGAGUUCACGGUCACAGCAACACUCAGGAAACAGACCCCCAGCAGAGCUGGGGACUGUGGACACAGGGUACAACUCCCAGUCACGAGAUGUCAUGGGCGUCAGGCACCUGGAUCCCCCUUUACCACUGGUGUCCAUGCUGAACUCCCAGGACCUUCCAGGACCACUGAUCUCCAGAGUGUUUUUUGGACCUGAGCACCAGCAGUGCCCUAUGUGCCAGCACUUGCCCCAUCCUAAUGCCUCCUCACAAGCUCAUGGCCGCUUUGAGCACCGCUGCCCGGCAGAGCAGCACCCCCAGGGCCCAUAUGGCAGAACGCCUUACCAACAUUUUGAACAUGCACCGCAGCCCCUUCCUCCUGUUCCUGGACCUUGCGUGAGAAUUAUCCGCCCAGCCCAGCAAGUCAUCCCAAAUUACUCAGACCUUCAUGCUGCCCAAGGCACCAGAGGCCGACCACCCCAGAGGACAUGCUCCUCCCCUGGUCCACCUCGAUUCCUAAACCAGCUAUACAACCAGCUACCUAAUGGCCAGCUGCCCCCCAAGGCAUGUGGCUCAGAUGAAGCAUGUUGUUGUCCUUGUGACAAUUUGCCAUCUCCAGCUGCCGUCCCAAGACCUCUCAGUAACCCUGCAGCCAAGGGAACCCUGAGAACCAGCAAUUUGCCGGAGGAGUUGCGCAAGGUCUUUAUAACCUAUUCAGUGGACGCAGCAGUGGAGGUUAUGAAAUUCGUGAACUUCCUGCUUGUAAAUGGAUUUCAAACUGCUAUUGAUAUAUUUGAGGACACAGUACGAGGUAUUGACAUCAUUAAGUGGAUGGAGCGGUACCUAGGUGAUAAGACGGUGAUGAUAAUCAUAGCAAUCAGUCCAAAAUACAAACAGGAUGUGGAAGGGGCUGAAUCCCAGCUGGACAAGGAUGAACACGGCUUACAUACUAAGUACAUCCACAGGAUGAUGCAGAUCGAGUUUAUACAACAAGGAAGCAUGAACUUCAGAUUCAUCCCUGUGCUUUUUCCACAUGCCAGAAAGGAACACGUGCCUACCUGGCUGCAGAACACUCACAUUUAUAACUGGCCGAAGAAUAAGAAGAACAUCCUUUUGCGGUUACUGAGGGAGGAGGAAUACAUUGCUCCUCCGAUAGGACCUUUACCAACACUCCAGGUUGUACCGUUAUGAACACUAUUGCUUAAAGUGCACGACAAGCAGUUGUUAAAGGGUUGUUCUUGGCAGGGAGCCAGUGCUCUUCCAGAUGGCUCUUUCUGAUGACAGAAGACACUCUUUCUGCUAAAGGGAUUGGUUGUUUUGGGUAACUCAGGCUCGGCUUGUUCUCUACCAUGAUCAACAUCUAUUUCUGAAGCUGAUGGGGCAGAACUCUCUUCUCUAGAGUUUUAAGAGCUGAACAUGGAAAGAAUGCCCAGUUUUAUUUUAACAUCUGUUUUUAACAUUUUCCUUUAUUAGUCGAUAUAGCAAACAAAUACCAGAAAUAAUGUUGCAAUAAGUGUAAAAUAAAAAUUACAUCCUUCUCUUUGCUCAGGGUUUCUUUAAAGAUAUUCCUGUCUUGUAUAGCAUUAUUGAACAGUUAAUUUGUACAUACACUAUUAAAUAUAUUUGCCUUUUGCAAGGCAACCUUA